UGUUGAUUGAAAGCAAUUGAAGAUUGCAACAAAACAUUGCAUUAAGUCUUUCACUGAGUUCUUUUCUAGUUUUCUCAUUACAACAAUUCAGUGAUCACGAUGAAGACAAAUAAGCAACAUUUCUAUUCUAAUUUAAGCAUUUUUCUACCUAUCAUGUUGUUUCUAGUCAUUUUCUCAUUUUCCUUUUCAAUUUCCAAAUCCUUUCCUUUGAUUCUUACAAUACCUAUUUCUGUUCUAUCUAUUGUGUUUCUUGUCACAUUGAAAAAGAAAAAAGGGACUAAAAAUGAAAGUUUAAUUCAAGAAAAGCUGUUCAAAGAGAAGCUGCAACCAUCAUUUGAUGUUGGUGAAACUGAAUUUAAUCAACAAGAUGAUUUGCAUUCAGAUUCUUCACUUCCAUCCGAUAGUGAAAGAAAUAUUGCCUCAAUGGUAGACGAAACUGUUGAGAUUGAUUGCAUUGAAUAUCAAAAUGCGAGUAGUUGUGAUGACUUAGAUUUAGAUUCUGACACAGAUGAUGGAGACGAUGAUUAUAACGAUGAAAAUUAUAACCAUGAUGCACAAUUUAAUAGAAAUAUCAUAAAUAUGAAUCGUGAUAAAGAGGAUAGUUUAUUCUCAUAUACUCCUUCGGUCUAUACUAUUUCAGAUGAAUAUGAGGAGGAGGACGAGGAGGAGGAUAGCCUCAUUGAAAUCCACCUUCCUAAAAGAAAUUUUUCUAACUUAGCCUUAGCCGAAGAAUCUACACAAAAAAUGGAAUCUGAAUUGUUGGAUUUUCUUUCGGAGUCUAUUCUCAAGCAACAAAAUCUCAUGCAGCUUUUAUCAGAAUUUAACGAUAUGAAUGAGGAUGAAAGCUUAAUAGAGAUUGAUAUUUCCAUGUGAUCAUUCAACAGUCAAGAUUUCAAUAGGAAAUCAAUGUUCUCUUAAGGAUAGAUCCUAAUUUACAGGUUUUAUGUUAGGCAUUAUUUUUUAUAUUGAAGUUGAGGAAGAUUUUGUGCUUGUCUAUUAUGCUGACGUUUUGAUAUCAAAAGGCCUUGGUAGUUGUAAGAUUGU